GGCUUGUUGAGGAGGGUGUGUAUAUUAUAUAUCUUGACUAAAGGACACGAGGGAGAAACCCUGCCAAUCUAGUACACGUCUUCAUUGUUCCUUUGGAAGUUCGAACAAGUGAUCGGUUGAACCAUAUAUAUCUGAUCCAGCCGCCUCUCCCACCUCUCCCCUCCAUCACCACUACCACUGCGUACGUACCAUGGCACCGCCGACUCCAGCCCAGAUCUCGCGCCUCUUCGCCCCCCUGGCCAUCCAAGGCCGCCAGCCCGAGACCCUCGCCCUGCUCGCUGACGACGUCGACUGGACCAUCCCCGGCCACUCGCCCAUGUCCGGCCGCUACACGACGAAGCAGGACUUCAUCGACAACACGCUGAAGGUGCUCCGCGAGCGCGUCCUGACGGAGCCCCUGCGCCUCGCGGUGCGCAACGUCGUCGUCUCGGGCGCGGCCGCGGGGGCAGAAGGCACGGACGAGGAGAUCGAGGGCGACGUGGUGGUCGAGUUGGAGGCGUUGGAUGCGAAGUGCAAGAACGGCCUCCUCUACGACAUGCGUUACUGCUGGGUCUGCAAGUUUGCGCGGGGCAAGAUCGUCCAGGUGCGAGCGUACCUCGACACCGAGCUGUUGACUAGAGUCAUGGAGCAGAAUCCAUGA